GGUCCGGGGGCGACAUGGCGGCGUCCGUGAGGAACUAGUUUGGGGUAAAGGUAGUGCUUGGUUUCGCUGUCUUGGCGACAUUGACAAACUGGAGCUUUCCGCGACCAUCCGACUGAAGGAAGCGUUCACUGAUAGGUGGACAGCUUUAGAGAUCGGCCCUCCGUUCUUAUUCCCAAUUAGAAGCCGAGUCCUGAGCACUGACCAGCAUGAGCAACAUCUACAUCCAGGAACCUCCCACGAACGGGAAGGUUUUAUUGAAAACUACAGCUGGAGAUAUUGACAUAGAGUUGUGGUCAAAAGAAGCUCCUAAAGCUUGCAGAAAUUUCAUUCAGCUUUGUUUGGAAGCAUAUUAUGACAACACCAUUUUUCAUAGAGUUGUACCUGGUUUUAUAGUCCAAGGGGGAGAUCCUACUGGCACAGGGACUGGUGGAGAGUCUAUCUAUGGAGCCCCAUUCAAGGAUGAAUUCCAUUCCCGGUUACGUUUUAAUCGGAGAGGACUGGUUGCCAUGGCAAAUGCUGGUCCUCACGAUAAUGGCAGCCAGUUUUUCUUUACACUGGGUCGAGCAGAUGAACUCAACAAUAAACAUACCAUUUUUGGAAAGGUCACAGGGGAUACAGUGUAUAACAUGCUGCGGUUGACAGAAGUUGACGUAGAUGAGGAAGAAAGACCACGUAAUCCACACAGAAUAAGAAGCUGUGAGGUUUUGUUUAAUCCUUUUGAUGACAUCAUUCCAAGAGAAAUAAAAAAGCCAAAAAAAGAGAAACCAGAGGAAGAAGUAAAGAAACUGAAGCCCAAAGGCACAAAAAAUUUUAGUUUACUUUCUUUUGGAGAGGAAGCUGAAGAAGAAGAGGAGGAAGUUAAUCGAGUUAGUCAGAGCAUGAAGGGAAAAAGCAAAAGUAGUCAUGACUUGCUUAAGGAUGAUCCCCAUCUCAGUUCUGUUCCAGCUGUUGGAAGUGAAAAAGAUGAUGCAGUAGGAGAUUCAACCAAUGAUGGAGAAUAUGAAGGUGCAGAGCAUGAUGAAUAUAUUGAUGGUGAUGAGAAGAAUCUGAUGAGAGAACGAAUUGCAAAAAAGUUAAAAAAGGACGCAGGUGGAAAUGUUAAGUCAUCUGGAGAGGGAGACGUGAAGAAAUCAGUUAGCCGCAGUGACGAGCUCAGAAAAGAAGCAAGACAGUUAAAGCGGGAACUCUUAGCAGCAAAACAAAAAAAAGUAGAAAAUGCAGCAAAACAAGCAGAAAAGAAAAGUGAAGAGGAUGAAACUGCUCCUGAUGAUGCUGUUGCAGAAUACAGAAGAGAAAAGCAAAAGUAUGAAGCUCUGAGAAAGCAACAGGCAAAGAAGGGGACUUCCCGGGAAGACCAGACCCUGGCGCUGCUGAACCAGUUUAAAUCUAAACUCACUCAAGCAAUUGCUGAAACUCCUGAGAAUGACGUUUCUGAAGCAGAAGUAGAAGAUGAUGAAGGAUGGAUGUCGCAUGUACUUCAGUUUGAGGAUAAAACCAGAAAAGUGAAAGACGCAAGCAUGCAAGAUUCAGAUACAUUCGAAAUCUAUGAUCCUCGGAAUCCAGUGAAUAAGAGAAGACGAGAAGAAAGCAAAAAGCUGAUGAGAGAAAAAAAAGAAAGAAGAUAAAACAACAGUAAUGUUUAACUAGAACUAGCUAGAAAUGUUCCUGUAAUAAAUGGCCUCAUAACAGCCAUUGUUCCCAACAGCAUCACUUAUAAGGGUGUGAAAAGAAGUAUUUUCAAACCUGUUGUCUGGUUUUGAAGAACAGUUAUCUUGUUAUGUAAAUUGUGGAAUGAUUUAAGCAAAUGUUUUUGUUUACCAAUACAUGCUUUUCCCCCAUUUGAACUUUUAUAUUGCUAAAUCUGAAAUAAAAUAACUUUCCUGCCA